AUGUGGCCAAUUUUUUUGAUCCUGCUGCUGCUGGUCGUGGCGACAAAUUCCGUGCUGGCCAAGCGCCAAUGGCAGAACAAGCGUCUCAAAAGCUUAUCGCCCGCACAAAUGCUCAAGGAAUAUACACAAUCCAUGACUAACAAUGUGAGCUCCACGGAAGUGCUGGAUGCCAGCAUUGUAUCCUGGACUGGUGCCCAAAUAAUGCACUCGAAACAACAACAAAAACAACAGAAACAACACCUACAACGUCUGGAACAAUUGGGCGGGCAAACGCGUCGACGCAAAACCAAAAGUGGCCUAUUGAUCGAAAGUAACAUUGCCGAGGAGGAGUUGGCCAACAACAAAUUGCCAAAGAAAUUCACGCAACGGCGACGCAAGGGACGCUUGCAACGCACUGGAGGCGGCGCAGGCAACGGGGGAGGAGGAGGAGGAGCAUUACGUUUGCUCGAUGUGAGUGCGAAUAGUGUGACCGUCGGCGCUCUUUAUCCCCCGCUCUUCAAUGUGGCAGCACGCGCGUCAAUUAGCGUGAAUGCUACCUGUGGCCAGAACGGUGCUGAGGAAUACUGCAAGUUAGUCGACGCCUAUCCGCAUCGGAAUUCGUCCAAGCAAUGCAGCAUUUGCAAUGCCCAUUCGUCAGAUCGGGCCAAACAACGACCCAUCGAGUCUCUCAUCUCGAACUCGAAUUUGGAAGGGUGGUGGCAGAGUCCAACUCUUCAGGGUGGCCGACAAUUCGAAUAUGUGACCAUCACUUUGGAUUUGAAGCAGACCUACCAGGUGUUCCUCAUCAUGCUGAAGUCGGCCAACUCGCCACGUCCCGCCUCCUGGAUACUGGAAAAGUCCGUAGACGGCGUUAACUACGAGCCCUGGCAGUAUUUUGGCCUCAGCGAUGCCGAUUGUCGACGUCGCUACAAUCUGGCCGGCCAGAAUGGCAAAUAUGAGUUCCAAAACGAUACAGAAAUCAUCUGCAGCACACAGUUCUCCAAGCCGUUGCCGUUGGAGAAUGGCGAACUGCAUGUGUCGCUGGUCAAGAACCGACCUGGAGCUAUUGAGCAGAGUGAAGGGCUGUUGCGAUUCAUAACAGCGCGAUUUAUUCGCAUACGCCUGCAGGGCAUGCACUCGACGGCUAAUUUGGACAACAGUGUGGAUUGGUUGCUCGAUGCUCAGUCGCUGGAGAAGCGCAGUUUCUAUUCGCUCAAGCAGGUGCGAGUGGGUGCUCGUUUGGACUGCCAUGGUCAUGCGAAUCGUGUCCAGGAGUUUGCCGGGAACUUCACGACAACAACAACCAGCCACCUGCAGUGCCUAUGCCAGCAUAAUACCUGUGGAGAUCAGUGCGAAGAAUGCUGUCCACUGUUUCAGGAUCGGGCGUAUCGCACGGCCAGCAGACGGGAGGCGAACGAGUGCGAAAUAUGCCAGUGCAAUGGGCAUGCGGAGAAAUGCAGCUACGACGAGUUCCUGGAGCAGGGAAUCUGCGUGGAUUGCCGCAACAAUACUGCCGGCAACGAGUGCGAGUUCUGUGCGAGCGGCUACUACAGGGAAGUGGCUGCGCAGACCACAGAUCCCUGCCUGCCCUGCGCCUGCAAUGUCCAGCGCUCCACUGGCACCUGUGACCCACGAGGCGGCAAUUGCCAGUGCCUGGAGGGAUUCCAGGGCGCCCGGUGCGAGGAGUGCGCUCCGGGCUAUUAUGGCGACGAUUGUCGGCGUUGUGAGUGCGAUUCGCGCGGCACCAUUGCCGGCAGCGAGUGUGCAGGAACUUGCGAGUGCAAGACGCAUGUGCGCGGAGAAACGUGCGGGGAAUGCGCGCCAGGAUUUUACGAUUUGAGCGCCAAUAAUGACGAGGGCUGCACGCGCUGCUGGUGCUCCGAUGUGUCGGAGAGUUGUCACAGCGCCCAGCUUCAAACGCUAGCAUUCGAAACGCUGAACGACUGGAAGCUCACGGAUAUACAACGCACACAAGCAGUCGCCGUCAGUGUGGACGCGGAAACAAAUCGUUUGAAUUUCGUCAACGAAUUGGACGAAGUGGAGGCGAUCUAUUGGCAGGCGCCUGCUGGCUAUUUGGGAAAUCGUCUGACCAGCUACGGAGCUCGCCUCUCCCUGCAGGUGGCAUGGGUGAUCAUGCGUGGCGAUACGUCGGGGAAACCCACCACGGGACCCAAUCUAAUACUCUGCGGUCGCAAUGGCCUAAAAAUUGCCUAUGCCGAUGAAUCCUUCGAGGGCGGGACGGCCGCCUUGAAUGUGACGCUCACGGAGAAGGGCUGGUAUCAUGUACCGCCGGCUGUGCGCGACAUAAAGACGCGUCUGCGUCGCACUGAAAGCGGUGCCUAUCACGGCGAAGCGGUUACACGCUCCCAAUUCCUGUCGGUGCUGGUCUCGUUGGAUGCCCUACUCAUUCGCGCUGCCUACCACACCGAUCAGGUGGAGACGUCGCUGGAGCGUGCCGUCAUCUAUUCGGGUGGUGUGGAGUUGGGCGCCCAUGCCAGCACCCAGGUCGAGCAGUGCAUUUGUCCGCCCGGAUACACGGGCUUGUCGUGCGAGGGCUGCGCCUUUGGCUACAAGCGGACCUACGAGAACUCUACGAACCAUCAGCUGCUCGGCAAAUGCAUUCCCUGUCCCUGCAACGGACACUCCAACUCCUGUGACCUUCAAAGCGGCAACUGUGGCGACUGCAUGCACAACACAUUCGGAGAGCGCUGCGAGCGUUGCCAGCUCGGCUUCUAUGGCAACCCAUUGCAGGGCACACCCCAUGACUGUAAAAGGUGUGCCUGCCCGCUGCUGGAGGACUCCAAUAACUUCUCGCCCAGCUGCCAGCUCAAGACCUACAGCUACGUCGACCUUAAUCCACAAUUCGAGCUCAUCGAACAUGCCGAAUAUAUAUGCACACAAUGUCCGGAGGGCUAUACCGGCGACCACUGCCAAGUGUGCGACGAUGGCUACUUUGGGGAUCCCCUGGAGUUGGGCAGCGUGUGCCAGCGCUGUGACUGCGAUGGCGGACCCUGCAACAUAACCACAGGCGCCUGUAUUACCUGUCGGGGCAACACUGAGGGCUGGCACUGCGAGCGUUGCAAGCUGGGCUAUUGGGGGGAUCCAGCCGUGGGCUGUGAACCUUGCGACUGCUACGCCGAUGGGGCGGAGAGUGGACUCUGCGACAGCGCCGAUGGCCAGUGUCUGUGCCGGCCACGCUUUGCGGGCCAAAAGUGCGACAUCUGCGACGCGGGCUACGCAAAUGUGGACCUCAAGUGCUUGCCCUGCAACUGUGAUGCCUUGGGAGCGGCCGCACUGGACAGCUGCGAUCCGAAUAGUGGCCAGUGUGUAUGCAAGACGGGCGUCAUUGGACUAAAGUGCCAGGAGUGUGCGGAUGGCUACUUCGGCAUGAAUGUGACGGCACAACAAUUGGAGGACUUGGCUGCACUGCGUCUGGCAUCGUUGGAUAGCGGAGAUGGCGCUGCGGAAUGGGAACUUAUUGAAAGCGAUGAUGAUGCGGAUGAUGCGGGCGCUGCGAUUGCUUGCGAGGACUGUCAGUGCAGCAGCAUUGGAUCCUUGUCGCACAUCUGUGAGAAGCGUUCGGGUCAGUGUGCUUGUCUGGCGAAUGUGACGGGAAGACGGUGCGACAAAUGCAAAUCGGGCCACUGGAACCUCACGCAUGGGGUCGGCUGUCUGGAUUGUCGGUGCGAUCCCUACGGCUCGCGCUCUCACGAAUGCAAUCCCUGGACGGGUCAGUGCGAUUGUAAGAUCGGUGUGGGUGGCCAGCGCUGCAACGAGUGCACCGAGGGCUUCUUUGGCUUCACCACCGAGGGCUGUCAACGCUGCGCCGCCUGCGCUGCCGAGGGUCAGGUGUGCGAUCCGCUGAAUGGACGCUGCAUCUGCCCGAAAUUCACGCGAGGAUUGGGCUGCGCCCAAUGCGUGCCGGGUACUUGGGGUUGGCAGGCGCGAUUGGGGUGUCGGGAGUGCGAAUGCGAUCAUGUGGGUUCGAUUGGUCAGUACUGUGCCAGCGCCAAUGGGCAGUGCCAGUGUCGCGAGGGCUAUGCGGGUCGGAGUUGCAACAGCUGUGCUGUCGGCUACUUCGGCUAUCCGGAGUGUCGACGCUGUGGCUGCGAUGCGGAGGGUUCCUUUGUGCGCACUGACGGUUUGAUUGCCUGCGAUGCCAAUGGCCAGUGUCCUUGCAAGUCGCUGGUGGUCGGUCUCAAGUGCGACACCUGCAUGCAGUCGACCUUUGGUCUGUCCGCCCUAAAUCCGGAGGGCUGUACGCGUUGCUUUUGCUUUGGACGUGCGGCCGAAUGCGAGCAGAGUGCCUUGUCCUGGGGACACAUACGAAUGUCCGAGUCGCGCAAUCUGAGUGUCCAAUACAUGAGCGCUCAGCAUGUGCCCAAUGGCGAAUAUGAAUACAUUGUGGUUGUACAAAUGGCGGGCACUCAAUCGUAUCGUGAGGAUGCCGAGAUCAGUCGACUGAACGAUUUGAACUUGGUGCCCCGCUCCACGGGAAAUGUAUCGAUUGGCGCCUUCGGUCCAUUCUAUCAGCCACUCUACUUUCAAUUGCCGCCGCAAUUCUAUGGCGAUCGCACCACCAGCUAUGGCGGCCAUUUGUACUUUACGCUCCUCACGGAGGGUGCGCACAAACCCCUCGAACGUCAGAUUCUCUCGCAAUACCCGCUGGUCCAGCUACAUGCACACACCAAGCUAGUAUUGGACUUCUACGAAUAUGAGGCCUACGAAUAUGCCCUCAAUGUAACCUACAAGGUGCCGUUGCACGAAUCCUACUGGAAACUCCAUCACAAUAACCAGGCGGUGGAUCGUGGCACCCUGAUGGCCGCACUCCAAAAUGUCAAGCACAUCUUUGUGCGUGCUUUUGCCUUUGCGGACUUUACGCAAGUUGUAAUACAAAAUGUGCAUAUGGAUGCGGCCAUUUAUAUACAAGGCUCCACAAAUUUGAUAGCCAAGGGUGUGGAGCAAUGCAAGUGCCCCAAGCGCUACGACGGUCUUAGCUGUCAGGAUCCGGGACGCUCCUUCUACAGAUGGCGCAACGUCUCCGAAAUCGAGACUGUCUUCAUUGAGGAUCUCAUUGGACGAGCCGCGCCCUGCCACUGCAAUGGUCGUAGCACGGACUGUGAUCGCGAAUCAGGCGUUUGUUUGAAUUGUCGGAGCAACAGCGGCGGCUCCCACUGCGAGCAAUGCGCCGAGGGCUUCUAUGGGGAUCCAAACUCCCCGCAUGGCUGCCAGGCCUGUCCCUGUCCGGAAACCAAUCGAAAUUUCGCCCGCGGCUGCAAUGUCUGGGAUGGGGAAGUGAGCUGUGUGUGCAAGCCCGGCUACACGGGACGUCUAUGUGAGCGCUGUCGUCUCGGCUACUUUGGUCAGCCCAUGGCUUAUCCGAACAGUAGCUGCCAGGCCUGCAAUUGCAAUCCGGAUGGCAUAAGCGCCGAGGGUUGCGAUGCCGAGACGGGGCAAUGCCAGUGUCGCGAGGGAGUCACAGGACUUAAAUGCGACAAGUGUGUAGCGCCGCGUCAUCAUCUGCUGGACAACGGUUGCAAGCUUUGCGACAACUGCACUCUCCUGCUGCUGGACUAUGUGGAACUGGUGGGUCGCAAGCUGCGUCGUGGUCUGCACAACAUGGACCUGACGGGCAUUCCCGCACCCUACCUGAUGGUGGAGCAUUACGAGAAGGCCUACGACACUUGGCGGGCACGUCAGCAGAAUUUUGCGCAGGCUCGCCAGCUACUUAUUAGUUAUGAUGCGGCAGGGCUGCUCAAAAUAGACGCCCAUGCCGAGAACAACAAGUAUCAGUGGCGCAAGGCGGUGGCUACGAUUGGCAAGCGUCAGCAUGCCAUUGAGGCCAUGAAGGAUGAGGCUAAUGUCCUGCGGCGCGAUGUGGGCACAUUGCACGCGGACAUUGUGCAAACGCUCGAGGAUUUGGACAGCUAUGGACAGGGAGCCCAGCACUUGAGCUUAUCCACAGCCCUCAAGCAAGCACGCUUCUAUCUGGAGUCCAUUCGACAGCACGAGCAGCUGGUCAAGCACAUACGCAACACCAACGACUGCGCCUGGCAGCACUUCUAUCGCUUUGGCAAUGCUUCCGAUGCAGCUUUCGAUCAGCAGGCUCGCCUGGAAAUGUUCUCCCGUCACCUGAAUCAGACGAACUUUCGCCUGUCAGACAUGCAACUGCAUCUGGAUCGCACAUUAGAUGUGGAGAACGAGGCCGACGAUGUCCUGGAGCAUGUACGCAACCUUAAUAGUCAUGUGGCUGAGCAGCAUGCGGAGAUUCGAGAACUGAGUGCGCAAGCCGAACAGCAACUAAAUGCCAGCUAUGCCCAACUUGCCGAGGAACUACUGGAUACGAACUCGCAACAUGAGGAGUUUCUCAUUGAGCAGCUGAAUGUAUUGAAUAGCAGAGGAGCCGUAUUGAAUACCACACUGGACGCUCAAUCGAAGCUGCAUCGUGAGGUGCGCAAGCAUUGGCUGCCGAAGGCCGAGAAGCAUGCCAACCAUUUGAUGGAACGCUCCAAUGAGUACGCACGUCAAUUCCAGCCGACGCGGAAUGGGGCACGCAUUGCCAUGCUAGCCAGUUCCGCACAUAAAAACAUUUCCUUGGCCAUUGACGCUGCUCGCCAGGCCUCGCUAGAGGCUAAGGAGCGUGUCUAUACAGCACAGGCAACGCUUUAUCCCAGCGAUGGCAGCUCCAUGAUCGAGCGAGCCAAGCACUCGCUGCACAGAUCCAAGCAGCUGCAAAAUGAGGCGCUGCAGCAAAUGCAGCAAUCCACGGUUCUCAAAGGACAACUACGGCAUCAGGAGCAAAAGGUUGAACGCAUCAAGUCGACUAUAUUCGAUUCAGGUCUCCGAACGAACAAUAUUAGCAGUCAUUUGCAUGGUCUGGCGACCACGUCGGCUCGUCGCAAUGCCAUCGACAGCCUCGAAAUGUCCAACAAGGUUAGCGAGGAAAUGCGUGCGGAGUUGAGAAAGGCGCGCGAAAUGCAAAAAUCAAUACAGAAGUUGCGUAAAUCUUUUGCAAUACUCGAGCCCGACUGGGAAAUCAAACUGGGCAUGGCCGAGGAGAACAUAUCCCUGACCAAGACGAAUUUACGCAUCGCUAAUGUGUCGCUCACUUACAUCGAGGAGCAGGCACGCAAGGAGCAGGAAGUUUUCGAAGUUUGGAACAACACGAUGGCUAAGCAAUUACAGGAACUGAGAGAUACUAUUGCCAAGGCCAAGCAUGCCGCACAGGGGAUCGACGUCUCGUUGGAAUCGUUGGGUCCUAAGUGUAUACGGUCCUAUCUACCCACAUCCUAUGGUCUGACCACCUCAAAUACUCUUAAAAUAAGCUUCGCCUUAUCCAAUCACAUGGGCAACUCCCCUCUGCUUUAUGUGGAAGGAAGUGAUGGUCGCUUUAUCUCGGUGGAGUUGUACAAACGUCAUGUGCGUCUCGUUUGGUAUCUCGGCGGUACUACGGCGACGAUUACGCAUCCGCUGGAGGUGCAAACACGAGAUCCCAAAUACGAUGAUGCCUGGUACCAUGUGGAAGCAAACCGCACGCUAAAUUUGGGUAGCCUGCUAGUGCAGAGGAUGAAUAACUAUGGAGCUCUCACAGCGUCUACUCCAAAGAGUGGCUCUACAGAUGCCGAGCAUACGCGAUUCUUCCAAUCGCGAAAUGAGCGCAUCACACUGGGUCGCUACGCCUCCAAAGAUCUGCAGUUAACGCCUGGCAUGAAUGUCGUUGUGCACCAUAUCGAGGUGGACAACAAACGUCUGGGCCUGUGGAACUUUGUUUCUAGCGAGGGUCGUUGUGGCGGUGCUAUGAUUGGGGCCGUAGAAUCGUCCGCCUCUUCGGUGGCACGUCACUUCAACGGCCUAGGCUAUGCGGAGCUACGAAAGACCCGUCCACGGCCAUACCGAAGGAACAUAUUUGCACUGCAAAUGACUUUCCGUACACUGGACGAGAAUGCGUUACUCUUCCUGGCGGUGGAUGAUAAAAAUAACCGUUCGGUUUCUGUAACGCUUAGUCGUGGCCGCAUUAUGUUCCGCAUUGAUUAUGGCGAAGAGUCCAAGCUGGAAAUCAACACAACCAAGAAGUAUAAUACCGGGCAAUGGGUCAAAAUUGAGGCCGCACGUGAAUUCUCUAUGCGGCGUAGUACCGAGAACGGCAUUUUACGUGUGAAUAAUGAACGCGCUAUUUCGGGGGCCCCCACACUACCCAUAAAGAGUCACAUGCAGCCGGAUUUGUCGAGGGCUCUGUACUACCUAGGCGGUGUACCACCAGGUUUCACAUCAGGCUCCACGAAAGCCCCUGGUGCUGAUAACCCCUUCAUGGGCUGCAUGAUGGAUGUGCAGGUGGAUGGCGAAACAUACGAUCCGCUCGAAAGUUCCAUAUACUUUGGCAUUGAGUCGGCCUGCAAGACUAUGAUAACCAAAGCUGGAUUCACGGGCAAUGGAUAUCUGGAGCUGCCAUCGCAAACACUACGCAAGCGCGCCAAUAUGGGUCUGGUUUUCCGAACCCAGCAGCCCGAUUGCUUGUUGCUGCUUUCCGCCUACCCUCCAGAGGUGCUCGCCGACUACGAUGAGAAGGAUAUCAGGGGCAACUACUCCAUUAGCCUGGUCGAUGGUCAGCUGCAAGUGUGGCUCCAUACGGGUCGCAGUUUCGUCAAGAUGUUCUCGAACAGCAGCCAACUGAACGAUGGCGAACUGCAUGUCAUUAACUUGAUUAAAACGGGUCGCAAACUGGAGCUAAUGGUCGACGAUGAGCUGCAAGAUGUGCGCAGCCUAAGCGGCACACCAACAGUGAUUGGCAUGCCUCGCGAUGCGGGUGGCCUGUACAUUGGUGGAGCGCCACCGCAUGAGAUAUUUACCCCGUUGGCGCCCACUUUUAUAAAACUGGAGGGGGCAGUGCGCGAUGUCGUCUUCAAUAAUCGCACCAUUAACUUCAAUGAUGCGUUGGCCGUGACGAACGUGCAGAUCGGACGCAAUGGACCCUUGAUGGGGAGCAGCUUGAAGGGCGACCUCUAUGAUGUGCUAUUGAAGACGGAACCAAUACUUACCAAUAGUUUUACACCCUUGCCGGAGGGUUGCAAACGGAUCGGCAGCUACUCCUACGAGCCGAAUGCGUUCAAAUUCGGCGACGAUAUGUACAGUUAUUCGCAACUAAAGCUACCGGAACGUCACUAUUGGCAGCGCAACUUUCAUCUGAGCUUCGACUUCCGCUCCUUCUAUCCCAAUGGCAUGAUCUUCCUGUCGCCCGGCAGCAAGGAGAAGCACAAACACUAUGUGGCCCUGCUGCUCAAGGAUGGCCAGCUGGUGCUCAUAGUGCGCGGACGUCGACGGGAGGAGCUCCAACUGACCGCCAAGCUCAACGAUGGGGAGUGGCACAGGGUGACCGUCAGCUGCCACGAUCGCAAGGUGACCAUGUCUGUAGAAAUCGGACGCACGGAUCAGAAGACUUCGGCACAGAUGAAGGUGCCGAAGAAAAUCGGAGCCUCCCAGGUGCUGCUGGUCGGUGGACUGCCACAGGCGCCGGUCAAAGUGCCCUCCGAGCUGUUUCUGCGCCUGGACCCGUUCAAGGGCUGCCUUCGACGAGUCGCCAUCAACAAUAACACCCAGGAUCUGGCGCGUCCCGGCAAGCACUCGAAUGUGGGACAGUGUUUUCCAACAGUGGAGCGGGGCAGCUAUUUUCCGGGCGAUGCCUACGCCAUCUACAAGAAAAGCUUCCAUGUGGGCAAAUAUUUGGAAUUGGAAAUGGAAUUUCGCACCUCGGAGCUAUCGGGCAUAUUGCUAAGUAUUUCCGAGCCCACUGGCUUUCCAGCACUAUCGCUGGAGCUUAACAAUGGCCAUAUUAUUUUCUCCUGCGAUUUGGGCGAUGGCGUACCAUUUAGGGUGCAAUCUGUGCUGCCCAGCAAAUACGCGCUCUGCGACAACAAGUGGCAUAAUAUAUCGGCGCUCUAUGACUAUAAGCAGAUCGCUUUGAGAAUCGAUCAAUUGCCUGCCACGAUCGCCGAAACAGCUCAGAGUAAUCCCGGGAAGGUGCAAACGCGAUCACCGCUCUAUAUAGGCGGCUUGCCGGAUAUAGCACCAAGUGGAUGUCUGCUCUCUCGGGAGAACUUUAAGGGCUGCAUACGCAACGUUUCCAUACGCAACGAACGGAGGGACUGGAUCGAAAUGGACGAUCUACAUAAUGUGCUGCUCAGCGAAUGUCUGAUCGCCAAUGAGGAUAACUGAUCCGGUCGUUCUGAGCGUUAUGGUUCCUGUUGAUGCCACACCAAAACUUUUCCAAAAUGCAUUGUGAUCAAAAAUGAGUUUUAUAGCCAUAGGGAUUAGCUUAAGCCAACGUCCAGUAAUUAGAAAAGUGCAAGCAUAACACUGCCAUAUAAG